CAUCUGAAUUCUAUUGCUUCAUCUUUUAUUCUUUUAUUCUUUUUCUUCAUUACUAUUACUCUUAUUCAGCUGGCCAGCGCUUCGCUCCAACUAUUUUUUUUUUUUUUUCCUCAUUCAUUCACACGUUGCUAGGACUCAGACGCAACCCAAAAUAGACCGUCAGUAGUGUUGUAGUCCAAUGACCCUAAUGUCAGACCAAGAAAAUCCUUCGAACUGUCCUGAACAAGCGAAAAAAACGGCUUCGGACACAAAUGCAACUCCGGCGGAUGAUGAAUCAACUUCACCUGGAGAACAAGCAACUGGGAGCUCUUCAUCUUCUCGACCUGAAUACCCAUUGCUCGCUAAUAAUGCUCGUUGCUGCCGUAUUUGUCUUGAUGAUGAUCCGCAUGGACUCUAUUCCCCCUGCCGAUGCCGAGGAUCGAUCAAAUUCGUCCACAGUCAUUGUCUCACUCGAUGGUAAACAAAAUCAAAAUCAGAAAGAAAAAAAGAGAUUACAGGGUGAGGGGCUGUAAAGUGGCGUGAGCAAUCAAAUUUU